AUGCAGCCCCUGUGGCUCUGCUGGGCCCUCUGGGCGCUGCCCCUGGCCGACCCCGGGGCGGCCCUGACUGAGGAGCGGAUUCUGGACAGCCUGCUGCAGCAGCUGCACCUCAGCGAGGUUCCCAUCGUGGACAAGGCCGCCGUGGAGGGGCUGGUCAUCCCGGCCCACGUGAGGGCCCAGUACGUGGCCCUGUUGCAGCGCGGCCACGGGGCGCGCUCCCGGGGGAAGAGGUUCAGCCAGAACUUCCGAGAGGUGGUCGGCAGGUUCCUGGCGUCCGAGGCGUCCUCGCAUUUGCUGGUGUUCGACAUGGAGCAGCGGCUGCCGCCCCACAGCGAGCUGGUGCAGGCCGUGCUGCGCCUCUUCCAGGAGCCGGUGCCCAGGGCCGCGCUCCGCAGACACGAGCGCCUCUUCCCGCGCAGCGACCGCGCCCGGGUCACCGUCCAGUGGCUGCACGUCCGCGACGACGGCUCCAACCGCACCGCCCUCAUCGACUCCAGGCUGGUGUCCAUCCACGAGAGCGGCUGGAAGGCCCUGGACGUGACCGAGGCGGUGAACUUCUGGCAGCAGCUGCGCAGCCCCCGGCCGCCGCUGCUCCUGCAGGUGUCGGUGCAGCGGGAGCACCUGGGCCCGCUGGCCUCCAGCGCCCACAGGCUGGUCCGCUUCGCCCCCCAGGGGCCGUCGGGCGGCCAGCAGGGGGAGCCCCAGCUGGAGCUGCAGACCCUGGACCUCAGGGACUACGGAGCUCAGGGAAACUGUGAUCCUAAGGCACCGGUGACGGAGGGUGCCCUCUGCUGCCGCCAGGAGAUGUACAUUGACCUGCAGGGGAUGAAGUGGGCUGAGAACUGGGUCCUGGAGCCCCCAGGCUUCCUGACCUAUGAGUGUGUGGGCACCUGCCAGCAGCCCCCAGAGUCCCUGAUCUUCAAGUGGCCGUUUCUGGGGCCUCGACAGUGCAUCGCCUCGGAGACGACCUCGCUGCCCAUGAUUGUCAGCAUCCAGGAGGGAGGCCAACUCCAGCCCCAGGUGGUCAGCCUGCCCAACAUGAGGGUGCAGACGUGCAGCUGUGCCUGGGACGGGGUGCUUGUGCCAAGGAAGUUGGAGCCAUAG